AGUUAAAUAAUGGAAUGCGUGGAAUGAAGAAAAAUUAUUUUCCCGCACAACUGUCAGUUGUCACGUUCACUUCUGUCAAGAAUUCGGGUAACGGGAAAAUAAACACUGCUUUGCUUAGAAAUGUCAUUCGCCUCGUAUGCAUUUUGUUUUUCUUUUAGAAAAAAAUAACAAAUCAAAUAAUUGCCUCGUAGUGUACAAGUGAUGUUGGAUUUACGAUAAUUAUGCCAGAAACGUAAAAUAAAUUAGUUACUUUAUGUAUGUAGCCAUAUUACUGAAUCAACGAGGUUUGAAGCUGGAAGUGUAAUAGAAAUGGCCGAAACGAGUACAAUGAACCCCGAUAACAAAGUGGAGCAGAGCGAGAAGAAGGAAGACUUUGAAGGCAUCAAGACGGAGGUGGAGGUGCUGGUGAAGCGCGAGCUGCUGGAGUGCGUGGUGUGUGCCGCGCGCAGCCGCGACUGUGUGGACAUCCACUGCGCGCAGACCGCCGCCAGCGGCGCCAAGCUCAGCCAGCUGCUCAGCCGCCUGACGCGCGUCGACCUCGCCGAGCACGCCGCCUGCUCCAAGUACAUGUGCAAGACCUGCUACGACCUCGUCAACGUGCUCGAGCAGGCCGAGAUCGAAUACAACAAGCUCAAGGAAACCUUCGAAGCCAUCAUCAGCAAGAACCCAUUAUUCGAGCAGCGAAACAACUUUGUACAGCCCAUUACCUUAAAUGCUGUUAAAGCUGAAGUCAGUGCUGGGAAUGAUGAGGACUACGUGUGCGACAACAUGGAUGACGAUUCUGAUGACGAACCUCUGGCUACACAAAGUAAAAGAAAACGACAUAAAGUGGAAAAGAAAAAAAAGAAAUCUACCACAAGCAAGAGGAAAGUAAAAAGUAAAGGCAACAUUGACAGCUGGAAGUGUGAUGAGUGUGGCAUGAAGGACUCCACGGGUGGUGUCAUAGCACUGGCAGCUCACAAGCUCACCAUGCACACGGUGGAGGACCCCUCAGCCAUUCUUGGGGAUGUUAAGGUUGAAGUACCUCUAGAAGGUUCACAAAGUCCUUUAUUCAAUAAUGGAUUUGGCAACUGUCUUAAAACUGAACUGGAUAACUUUGAUGAUGACAACAGUCUGGGUGCAGAUGACAUCACUAAUGACACAAAACCUAUCAAGAAGAAAGUGUUGUUGGGCAGACCGGCCAAGCUAAAGAGCGUACCGGCCCAGACCAAGAAGAAAAAGGUCAAAGUAGUGCACCAGUGUGACCAGUGCGAUGCUAAAUAUACAUCAUUAUCCCGCUUGGAGCAGCAUAAGCAGAAGCACGACGGCUCCAAGCCGCCCUACAUCUGCGAGGUGUGCGGCGCGCACUACAAGCACAAGCGCGCCUGCGACAUACACAUCGCACUGCACCAAGGUAUAAGCGACUGGAAGUGUGAAGAGUGCAAUAAGUUGUUCCCGUCUAAGAACGCGUUACAGAGGCAUAACAACAUACACACCGGGAAAUUAAAUUAUCAGUGCGACCUGUGCGGCAAGUCGUUCAUCCACACGUCGUCGUUCAAGAUGCACAAGCUGUCGCACUCGGGCGUGAAGCCGCACUCGUGCGACGUGUGCGGGCUGGCGCUGAUGACGCGCUCGCACCUGAAGCGGCACAAGCGCGUGCACAGCGGCGAGAAGCGCCACGAGUGCGGCGUGUGCGGCAAGCGCUUCUCCGAGCGCUACAACCUGGCGGCGCACGCGCGCGCGCACGACGCCGCGCCGCCGCCGCCGCCGCGCCGCCGCCUGUUCCGCUGCGCCUUCUGCGCCGAGCGCUUCGAGCGCCGCUACAUGCUGGAGCGGCACUCGGCCGCCGAGCACGGCCGCACGCUGGAGCGGCCGCCGCCCACGCCGCGCAACACCAUGAGCAAGCUGCUCAAGGCGCAGGCGCAGCGCCGCGAGGCCGCGCCCGCAGAAGGGGAUACAAAGGACGACCGCAGUUCAGAUUCACGAACCACACCGAUCACGCCGCAAAAACUUAUUGCGCAAUUAUCGACGUCCUCGUCGAUAGUCCCGCAGAGCGCGUGGGGCAACGCCUAUGCCGCCGACUUCCUGCGACACGACUACCCGCACUGACCACACACACACACACACUCCCGAUACUAAUCCCAUUAAAAACAAUAUCAAACAAUCUGCACAGGUGAUACCACCUUUUUGGAAACCACGAGAAGUGGUUUUACAUGUUACUAUCAGAGCGCCUAUCACCGACUUUUUAAGUAUAGUGCUGCAGCUGUGGAAGCGAGGCAACUGUAUUACCUUGAGAGGUGGUGGUAGGCAUGCUGGAGUAAUACAAUCAUACUAGCAACACCGGUAGGGUGUUAUGGUUUCAAUGCUCAGGCGAAAUAAUAAUGGAUAGUUUGGAAGUCUUAAUUAGAACCUCCUAGCAUCAGUGUACAUGAGUAUUGAAAUCUGGGCCCCAAUUCUGCCAUUUACAAUUCCCAAUUGCAUUAAUGGCAAUUGGAUUAUCUUAAUCCUAUUUCCAUUAAUUCAUUGCUCAUUGUAAAUAGCGGUAUUGUGGCCCAGAGGCUUCGCGAUCACAUGAGAACCUGUGUGACUGCAAUGUACUUAUUACAUCAUGUCACAGUAACAUAGGAUAGAAUCUCAACUCAGAUUAUGUGAUUUGUAUUACGAAAGAUGAUAAGAUAAAUAAUAUGCAGAAGUAGGGACAAUUUAAAAUAACCUAAAUCUUCCAGUUAGUUUGUGUCUAGCAUAAAGUGUAAACCUGUAAAUAUUAGGAGAGCUGAAAUAUAGAUAACAUAAAUAUAUAUUAUAAUUAUACAAAUAAUUGUAAAAAUACUAUUAGAAAUACGUAUUAUUUAAGAAAUAUGUACUAUAGUGUUAUAAUUGAUAUAAUAUUUUUAUACUAAACUCAUCACACCCGUGGGAUAACUUUGUUUAUGAGAUAUCGUACCUACAUUGUACGUUCACCUGAUUUAUUUUAUUUCUAUUACGCAUUUGUAUAUUAUUUAAUUAAAUGCAGUUAAUUAUAUAAAA